CACGUUGUAGCGUGCACAGCCAUGCACAGCCAGUAUGAAGUUGACUAAUGACAAAGCCAAUCAUAUAUACAACACACACAUAUAUGUAAAUGUGGACGGAGACAUAGUGUAUUGAUCGGUAUCCCGUAUGUCGAGGUGUCUCUCCAUCACUCCCCAGCACAGCCUCUGAAACACGAGUUUGGUAACGUUAACGCAUUCUGACCCAGUAUGACCAGUCGAUCAUCAACUGGACCAGGGAAGCUGGAGGCACUCCCAAGGAUACACUCCAGUCGUGCCUGAGGGAGGGGCCUUUGUGAUCACGCUCCUAUUUGCUGGGAGGGGGAGGACAUUCAUCCAUGAACGCCAGUACGUUAACAGUACCUAUUUCUACGACCCCUCGACCUAUGAUGGGAGACGAAAACCAAGAAGUCCCUACCGAAGCAGGUGCAAUCGCCGGGGCUGUGUUCGGCAUUGUUGUCUGUCUCGUCAUACUUGGUGUAGCAGCUUUCAUGUACCGCAGACAUAAAAGAGAGAGGGAAGAACUGAGGAGAGCCAAGCGUUCUCAAAUGUCGUCUAUGUUAAACGCUGGGGUGUAUAUGGACACGACGACCACAGACAGUCUAGUCCCCAGCCAUAUUGUGACAGGACCACACCCAAACCCCCGAAACAGUGCCUACAAAUCUCUCAACACGCAACCGGAUAUGUAUGACCAAGACUCAGACGAGGAAAUAUGAGGCACUUCACCAUGAAUGAUGGGAUACUAUUACAAGCCCGUCACACUGGAUGUGUGUAAACUGUUGAACACAUGUACACAUUCAACUUAAUGAAUGGCACAACAUGUGAUCAUGUGGAAAUAAAAGCGAUCACUGGCAAAGCAUUAUUUAAAUGUGAUCACGUGGGUUAUUAAGCCAGUAUGCAAUUGUGUAACCCUACAGGCUCGCCUGGAUAACGUCUUAACAUUUGAUCAUGAGCAAGCUAAUGCUAGCAACAAAAUGGUGAUAAUAAGAACGUUUGAUGACGUACAAUAAAUUAUGAAAGAGAACGUGUAAAGUGAUAACCAGAAAACAACUGAUCUCGGGUGGUGAUCUGUUGGUUUGUCAUUACUUACAUGGCGGUAUGACGUAGGUAAUCUUGUACAAGAUAAUCAUAAUACUGGUAUUAGUUCAUGGUUGUAUCUGUUCAUUACACAAAACGGACACACUAUGAAUGCGUGCAUUUACCUGAUAGAUGAUGGUUAUGUUGAUUGUCGCUAUUGGACUGGUGAAUACUCAAGAUAAACAGAGGUGUCUUAAUUUUAUGUAUGGUUUGCUCUUCACAUGUCCAUCUCAUAUCUACAAAAUAUAUUUUACAAACAAAUUUCUAGCACCUUGUUUAUCAUUUUUCAUUUUAAUACGAUGACGCAAAUUGUGUUUUUGAAAUAAUGUAGAAAAAAAGUAUGCUUGAUUCCAUUGUCUGAUACUGUUCAACUGUAAAACUGUGACUUGAAUAGUAAUGCUUCCAAUUAGUAAUUAAUUAUUCGUUACAUAAUGCGCUGGUUUUGUUCUUUGUACUAAGUCAGCUAUUUUCUGCUAUUUUUCUAAAUUCCCCAUGUGGAAUUGAUAAGUUAUUGCUGAAAAAAUUGGUUACAGUUACAAAUAUCUUUUCUUCGAUGUUUUGUUGCUUCAACUUUCAAAUACUUAUGGAUGUCAUCUUAUAAAUUGUACGUCAUCAUUGCGAUAGUGCCAAAAACCACAUACAAUAUGUAUACAUUGUUACGUUACAAUUGGCAGAUAGGCAUUUUGCAUUCAUUACAGAUUGAUACAAGAUCGUGUCACUGUUACGGAAUACAACAGUAUAAAAUGUAUCGUUACAUUCGUCUAACUUUGAAAUGUUCCAAAACACAUAAAGAAUAACUGACAUUGUAUUGCUAAUAUAAAAUGUGUUCUUUUUAAUCGGUUUUAAUUAUAGAUGAUCAUUUUGCUAUACUAUCAUUUAUGGAAAAUACUUCAACUCAUUCACCCCUUAAAAUUCACAAUAAACUAUUCAAAGCUUUGAAUUGGAAGGGUUUAAAUGUGUCGUCAUGGGUGAAUGAUUGAAAAUAAAUCAUUAUAUGUUGUAGCCAAGAUUAAAAGGAAUUACCUUAGAAGGAGGGAACGAUAUGUUGUGUGAUCGUUGUGUUGUAAAUUCUUCGAUUUGUGAUGUUUUAUAUGGCGUGUAAAUUUAAUAUUUGAAUUUAUUUGCUAAUAAAUAAUACAGAUGACAUUAACAAUCGUUCAAUAUUCACCAGUAUUAAUCGCUAUGUAUUUAUAAAAGUUUGCGUUUUCUAUUGACACAAAUAUUAUUAGAACGAUUAUAUUGAGAAUGAUCAUGCAGUUAAAAGCUUGAUAACUUAGCAAUUUUAAAUCUUCUACAGUGCCUUAAACCAUGCCAAAUUUAUAUACUGUAAACCCAGAUACUUAGAUAACAUCCGAUCGCCAAAUCAAAACAAUCUGUAAUAUGUUUCAAUAUAGAAUAUCUGUUCAUCUACCUUUGUUUAUUUCGUGAAUCCAUUUUUUCGCGAUGAAAGGUCGUUUAGAGAAUUCUCUGAUAAUAGGUCUCCCGGAAAAUAAGUGUUCUAUUGUAAAACCUAAUAUUUUCUUAAUGUCAUUCUACCAAACUAAAAUGAUGAAUGUGUUUUUUUCAUUUAUUCGUAAAAUUUUGAAAAUUGUUUUAUUUAUUUGUGAACAUUCCAUUUAGUUGAACUUAUCCUGACAAUAUGAACAUAAAACGACAGAAAAUAUCAUGUGCUUGAGUACGAUAUUGUGUAUGUCUUGUGAAAUGACCUAUGGCAAUAUGAAUUUGUGGGAAUAACUUACAUUGUUUAUUGAUUUAAAACGUGUUUUACCAGUUUAGGUGAUCAUUUUAUUAUAAUAUCAAUGAUGGAAAAUAAAUUAAUAUGUUUUGUUAUUAUUUUAUCUGUUGAAGCCUGUUGAAGGUGUACAUCAAACCGAUUUUGCUUUAUUAUACCUGUGAAUUGGAACACUUAAGGAAGAAAGUUGUGAUUUGUUUACCUUCAGUACCACUGAACUCUUAAUGGACAAAAUGGUUAGAUGGUGCAGUAAAGUGUUUAUUUCUGGGUCUACAAAUAGAGGCUUCCUUUCUUUGUGUUCCUAGUUAUUGGUUUAGUCAGAAUAUGGUUUUAUAUUUACAGUAAUUCAUUAGUUGGAAUAGAAAACAACGGAAUCCCAGCAUGUCAAAAAUCGUUGUAUGGAUACACUUCAACCUUUUCUGAUAAAUGAUUUUUAUUGUUUUAUUGACCAUGAAGAUGCAAGAAAAAGUAAUCUCUAAGUUUAAUUCUUUGAUAUUUUUCCUCUUACAUCAUAGAUAUUCAUCAGUGUGGGGGAAAAUAAAAAAUAAAUUCUCACAAUUAGUUUGAUGUUUCAGUCAUAUUGGAUAAAAUGACUGUUAGACUAAAACUAUAAGUUAACGAAGUUUUUAACAUACCAUAUUUGAUUGUCUAUAGAAAGAAAAUAAUCCGUAGGUAAUGACGGGUUAUAUCAUGUUGUUAUCAUGGAUUAUACUGAUAUCGCAUUAUCCUGUUUAUGAAGCUUGUAUCUGACGGGGUACGAUAUUUAUCACGUCAACAUGUGAUAUAUAUGAACCAAUAGUAUGGCUAGUCUUGGCAGAGGGCUGAUAAUGACAUGUAUCAAACAUUCUUUAUUUAUAAAAACUUAACGUCUUAUCAUUUUACAAUUAUUAAUGUAUUAACAGUAUUAUUUAUUGUGAUAAGUAAACAAUACAGUUGUGAAGGAUGUCCUUGUGUGAGACACAAACAGAUCGAGUAGUUAUACUGUAUAUAACUCGUGUUUGUGAUUGACUGUUGGUUUACAAUGAUUACAUCAGUCGGUAAACCACUCGGGGAGGUUUUCUAACUGAUAAUGGUAUUUUGGUCACAAGUGGAAUUUACGUAAAAUAUUUUAAUAAAAAAGUUCUUCAUUUCUGAAUUUGUACAGCUCAUUGGAUGUUACACAUUAAACAACUUAUUUCCUUAGCAAUAACGCAAUUUCCGAUUUAUGAUUGGUUCUGAUAAAAUGUUUGUUUUUUAAUUCCAACAUUAAUAUCUGGUUGAUUUAUGUUAUUAUAUCGACAUAUUGACGAAACGCUUUAGUCACCAAAAACAAUCUAGUGGAUAAUUUCAACAUAAGCUGAUUUAAAAAUUCUACUUACAAAUUGUAUGAAAAAUACACUAAAAUGUUAUGAUUUGAGUGACUGAAAUGUUCGUCUGUUUGGCAAAGGCCAUUGGUGACGCAGUAGUAUUAGCAAGGCAAAAAAUUCUGCGAGCAAGUUGUUAAAAAAAGAAAUUGGUAAAUUGUCUUUAAAUCCCUAAAAUGUUCAUCUGGGUUUAAUACAAAACUUAACAAAUUCAUGAGAUGCAAUCAAUUUCAACUGAAUUAGAUAGAAUAUGCUCUUCAUUCAUUUCAUUGCAUUGCAAGACUGGUUUAAAUAAAGGUGUAAGUUAUACCGUAGACAAUAAUCGUUAUGUUAUCAUUCCUAACGUUAAGAUAUAUAUGUCAAUCAUCCGACGGGUCUUCCGACAGAUUAUUGUGAUCGCGUUCGUGUUUGAUAUCGUCCUAAAGUUAGGUAUAUUUAUUGAGUCCGUGUUGUUUAUAUUUGUGUAUUAUGCCUAAUAAAACAUGGAAAUAAAAGUAAUGCUAACCAUC